AUGUUUGGAAUCUUUGCGGACUUGUUGUCCGUUGCUUACCUAUCCGAUAGCUCCGUCAUCACUAUCCUCUUCCCCGUAUUUGCAUCGUAUAAGGCUCUCCGCUCCUCCGAUCCCUCGCAACUUGCGCCAUGGCUGAUGUAUUGGGUGGUUCUCUCUGUGAUUCUGCUGGCAGAAUCUUGGACAGUCUUCAUUAUUGGAUGGUUCCCAUUCUACAGUUGGAUCCGAUUGUUUUUCAUGUGUUAUCUCGUCCUCCCACAAACCCAAGGCGCCCGUCUCUUAUACCAAGACUACGUUGAUCCAUUUCUGACCCACCACGAGCACGAAAUUGAGGAGCUCAUCGGUCGCAGCCAUGAGCGAGCCAAGGCACUCGGCCUGCAAUACUUCUACCAGGCUAUGGAUCUCAUCCGGACAAAGGUGCUAGGUCUUCCCCCACAGCAGGAAGCCCCACCGCCCCCAUCAGGACCAGCCGCAUACGCGCAGUCCCUGCUGUCACGGUUCAAUCUUCCCACUGCAGCAGCAGCCACAAAUACAGGAGAUUGGUAUUCCGCUCUCAGCUCCGCACUCGGCUCGGUGACAUCUCCUGGCAAAUCGCGUGAGGUCCACCAGGAGGAACUUUCAGCUAGUGGUACUCUGCUCCAGCGCCAGAUUCGAUCCAUGACCGGCGUGGAUAAGGCGCAGUACAUCUCCCACCAGCGAGAGGUAUUGGACUAUCUGCGCUCGACGCUGGCCCGUGAGGAGCAAGCGAUCCAUCAUGAUGAUGGUGAGAAUGACGAUCUUGCGUACGGUGCUCCGCUACGAAAGAACAAAAGUGACAACUCCUUUGAUGUGGUAGACGAUGAAGAUCUGGGGUCUCGCGCGACACGUCGCACCAGUGGUAAAUGGACCUCUGGCUGGUUGGGUCCUGAGAAUGACUCCUCGGGAUCCUCGGACUAUGCGUCCCGAACCACCGGAUAUGACCGAUACAACUGA